ACCUUGUUAAACCCAAAACUAAUUGGUAAAAUGGCAAAGUAGCAUUCUGAUACCAGAACCUGUUUCACUCAUUACCUACCACUUAACACGUCCACGCAAAAAUGAAUUCUCUUCUCUCGAUACUGAUGUUUAUCACAACUCAAGCGUUAGCAGUAAUUGGCAAGUGCGGCCGGUCUCAAAACGACCAAGCAUUUCCGUGGAAUGUUGGAAUAUUUAUUGGACAUGAAAAGCAAUUAGAAUUAAUAUGUUUUGGAACAAUUAUUCAUCCAAAUGCUGUUAUAACAGCCGCACAUUGUUUCUGUAAUAAUCUUGAUGGGAGUAUGAGAAAUGAGUCGUUUUACGUCUCGACUGACUACUCGAACAAAAAAAUCAACGUCGACGAACAUCCACACUUCCACAAAAUUAAUAAAAACAACAUAAAUGUCCACAAAUAUUACAAGGGUUUGGUUAAUCAAUUCGCAAACGAUAUCGCAAUAAUAAAAGAUAAAUUCCAACUCAAUAACAAAUCAAUUUGUAUCGACUGGUCUGGAGAUAUUACAAAAGAUAAAAAUAUAAUCGCCAAACAAUCAGUUUUGGACAAUAAUGAAGUACGAAUUGUAGAUUUCACUUACCUCGAUUCAGAUGAAUGUAUCCACGAAGCUUCUGAUUUUUUUCGGCCUCUGAUCACAAACGAUAAAUUUUGUACUAAAAUUGCAGGAGUGUCCUUAAGUCACACGAGUGAAGGGGCAGGUCUUGCUUUUCUUCACGAAAAUAAGUGGUAUCUUAAAGGCGUUGUUAGCACUCACGACGUCACUAAGAGUAAAUUAUCAACAAUUACCCCAUUAAGUCAGUAUAUGACUUGGAUAUCAAACAUUUAUGCAACAGUGUAACGAUAAUCAUGUAUUAAUUUAUUUUUAUUGAUAAAUAAGAAUGACAUCGUC